UUGUAAUUGAAGUUGCAAAUUACGCAUUCUCUUCUGCUGUUCACUUGCAAGUAGAAUCAUGACGAAGUUCUUGCUGCCGUUUUUCAUUUUAAGUUUAAUUCCAAAUCAACCCAGAAAUUGUGCGUUGGGUUUGAUUAAUAAAGAUAUUUCACUUUCUACAUUGAUUGAAAAGCUUGAAGCAAUACCUUCUAAUAUAACCACCGGGUUACUGAUAUGUCUGAAUUCGAGUACGGCUCCUUCACUCGGCUGUGAAAAUGAAAUAAACAACGGAAGUACAAUAAUGUGGUGCCUGCUAAAGAAAUUUUGUUACGAGGAAAAUAAGCCUAAUGUAAUCAAUGUGGUAAAAUGUCUUUCAACACUAUUUGGAGUUAUUGUAUACGAUUUAUCAAAAGAGGUUUUCGAUGCAUAUGUAAACAAAGUAUACAUAUGUGUUAAUGGUAUUUACACCAAUAUCCGUACCGGAGUGACCAAUUGUGAUUUGAUCUAUGGCGGUCUGUCAUUAAAUAUUCAAUCUGCUUUGAAUAAUCUAAAUAAGAAUCUUAUCUAUAGUACAGUAAGCAAUUUGGUAACGUUAUUGAAAAUUCUUAGUGGAAAUAUGAAAUUAGAAUGUACCUUUUCACGUUAAUUAAUAUAUCGAAGUAUUCUUGAUAUAAAUUUAUGAAAAUGCAAUACAGUGUUUCUCAACGGGGGCGAUAUCGCCCCCUGUGAGCGUUUUUCCAUGUUCAGGAAGCGAUU